AUGGGUACUCGUCUUAUUUUCGGCCAGCAGAACUUGCUGCAGCUUAAGCAGCUUCAGGAUGCUGCAGCAGCGGCCACGGCACUGCCUGCGGGCCAGUAUCUUCCGGUUGACGUUAACCUGCUUCUGCAGCUUCACAACAUGUCCGGGAUUCAGAGCGAUGCUUCUCUUCCUUCGCUCGCGUCGGACGCUCGUCCUCGCCUUACUUGGACGGAUAAGGAGGAUUGCUUGCUGAAGGAGCUGAUUCGCCAGCACGGGACGAACAAGUGGGCUCUUGUUGCUUCUAAGAUCCGCACCAAGACGAACAAGCAGUGCCGUCGCAGGUGGCAAGCGUUUUUGAACGCCAUGGGCAACAAAGGCGUGUGGACUCCCGAGGAGGACGAGAAGCUUUUGGAAGGUCACCGCUUGUAUGGCAACCGCUGGACUGAAAUUGCUCGCAUGGUUCCUGGAAGGACCGACAACGCUGCUAAGAAUCGAUUCGCGGCGUUGACUGCUAAGCGCGGUGUUGCUAUUCCGCAAAACCAGUCCAAGUCACCCUCGCAUUCUGGCGUCUCUGAAAACGUGAGCGCGAGCCAGGUCGGCGAUUCGUCUUCCGCAUUGAGCGAGAGACCAACUUCAAAGAGGAGCCGAUCCGAUGUGCACUGGAUGGAUCGCGCGGUGAAACCGAAGGUGGAUUUCGAUCUUAACUCCGCUCCAGUGGCCGCUGUUGCGUUGGCCUCCCAGACCAGCAGCGCAUGUUCCGAGGUGGAGCAGUGCCUGGAAGGUUCCUUCCUUCCCGACCUCAACUCUCCACUUCCGGAGCUGACGCUCUCGCUGUAG